AUGAGAUCUAAUAGUGUGAAGCAUACCAAAGAAGUUUCCUUUGUUGAGCACCAUGAUAAUAAAAAUUCCGCAACAAACCUUGAACUUCAUUUCAAUUUGAAGUCUUCAUCUGAUGAUCGAGACAAAGGAACAAAUGUUGCAUCUGCAAAUGAGCAUUUUGGACAGGAUUCGCUGGCUGCACGAGCUUCAAAUACAUCUCUCGAUAUGGAUUCGACGUUUGGUGUUUUAGAAGAUGUUCCUGCAUCGAUGAUAGAUCAGCCGAAUACUUCUGUUUUACAUAGAAGAUCAUCUGCCGCUCAAGGCCGACCAGUCGUUCACAGUUCGGUAGAUAUGAAUGUUGAUUCCAACGAGGGUACACCUACUUGGAUCGGUGACAGACCAAGUGUUCUUAAUAGUUCAGUUAUUUCUCCUCCAAUCCCUGAGAGUUUACCUACCACGCCUGGUUAUGAAUUGAAUGGGUCAUCUUACUUUGAUUUACCUAAUAAAAGUGGUUAUUCCAUUCCCCAUCAGCAAACAGUUUUGGCUGCUGCCGGUGACACACUUGUUUCAUCAUCCAUGGAGAAAAUGCCUAGUAUAAGGGCAAAUGUUGGCAAAGAUGCAGAGGGGCUUUCAAAUGAAUACCUUAGUUCUAAGAAGAAGCUUCAAGAUGUCAGUCAUGGUGUUACGCUUGAAAACUCUUCUCGUGAAAAAUGGAGAUUAGCUGCAACUGUGUUAUUUUCAUUCACUGCAGGACUCUCUGAUGGUGCACCUGGAGCUUUGUUACCUCGCAUUGAAAAGUAUUAUGGGAUCAAUUACACUGUUGUUUCAAUGAUUUGGAUGUCCAACGCUGUUGGCUAUAUCUGUAUAGCUCUUUCUUCGUUCAAAUUAAUGCCCCUCUUUGGCCCUAGAAAUCUCUCAGCCAUUGGAUGCGCAUUUUUGGCUGUCAUGUAUGCUAUAGUUUGCAGUGCACCUCCUUUUGCGCUUGUUGCCGUUGGAUUCUUUUUUGGAGGAUUGGGGGCAGCAACAAAUUCCUCCUUCCAAAAUAUAUUCCUCAGCAGAUUCCAGAAGUCUUCGGUUUAUUUAGGUUAUUUCCAUGGUGCCUAUGGUUUAGGUGCAUGUCUCGGCCCGCUUAUAGCAACUGCUAUGGUUAAUUCUGGAGCAAAAUGGAGUCAUUUCUACUUCAUCAUGCUUGCUUUCUCUAUUUUCAAUACGGUUAACUUGUUUUUGUCGUUUAAAGGGUACGAGGAAGAGCAAAAAGCGUGGGAAAAAUACGAUCCUCUGCUCGAAGAUAUGAAAGGAAGGUUGGUCAGGACACCAGAUGAAUUGGAAUCUCAAACUGAUAUUCCUUUACAGGCACUUCAAGGAAGUUCAGAUGGCACCAAGAAUUUGGUGAAAUCGAUUAAAACUUCCGAAAAGAGAAAGGAUGCUAGUGGUCAAGACUUCGCCGAGAGCACAUUCGAAAACGUCAACCCAGAAUCUCAAAACUUAUCACGUAAAAAGUCGACCAAUGUAGGCACAUCCGACAUUGUUGUUGCUUUAAAGUCACCAAUCACGUGGUAUCUUUCAUUUUUUGUUCUUUUUUACCAAGGUGCAGAAGUUUCCAUGGGUGGUUGGGUUGUUACAUUUCUUGAGGUUUAUCGACACGGUAGUACUAAUACAACCGGAUAUGUUGCAUCUGGAUUUUGGGGUGGUCUUACUUUGGGAAGGCUUGUUUUAACACCGAUAAUUCACAGGACAAUUGGGGCAAAGCGUGGCGUGACUUUACUCAUAAGUGUUUCACUUGUCUGUUGUAUAUUAGCCUGGGUGCUUCCUAUUUUCAUAGCUGAAGCUGUGUUCAUUGCAUUCUUUGGUUUCUUUACCGGUCCUAUUUAUCCAUUGAUGGUUACUAUUGCUGUUCGGGUUCUUCCAAGAAGAAUACAGGUUAUAUCUAUGACCAUAAUGACGGCCUUAGGAUCAUCUGGUGGUGCCCUAUUUCCUUUUCUUGUUGGAUUGGUCUCAGAAUUUGUCGGUACCUUUGUGGUCAUGCCAUUUGUUUUCGGACUUUUAUCUGGUGCUUUGAUCCUUUGGGGCUUGCUUCCAAACCCAGACAGAUCUGUUGUUAUCAGUUUAUGGCAAAGAUUAUUGUAA